AUCUUGCAAUGAAACAUUUCUAUAAUAUUCCUGCAAAUUUUUUAUAUUGUAUGGGAUAAUUAUAAUCCGCAAAGGAUAAUAAAUCGCUAAGCUGAGCUUAUUCAAUCUAGACUAGUUAUUCGACAAAGUUUUAUUACAUGUUAUUACAUUUUACGCGUAAUUUGUUAAAAAUAUCUCUUUCUUUCUGUCGUGUUUUUUCUUCAAAAUGCGUGCGUAAUGUUAUUUCACAGGCAAAAGAUAAACAUUUCCGCAUUUGAGUUUAUUAAAUUGUGAUUGUGUGUUUUUUUUACAAGUAAAUGCAAUUCAUGUGAGAUUCGUUGUGCGUUCCAAACAAAAAGUUAAAGGAAUUUCAUGAACAAUUACGCGAUUGAUCUCUAAAACACGAAAAGAAAAAGAAAAACCGCAGAAACCGCAGCGAAACUCAUCGAUGCAGCCGACGAGCCGGUGAAGGUGCGACACGAAGCGGGAAAUGAUGGAUUAUUAAAUUAGAGUCACCAUGACGACCGGCGGUCAAGGAAAUAGGUGACUGCGGACAGUCGAAGCCUGACUUGCUGACGAUGCAUUAAGCGGUCAAUCGCCGGUUCCGGUUUCGCGACGACUGAGGCAAAAUAUGACACGCGAUGAUCUUCGAGUGCGGUUCGGAAAACACAAUCUUAUCCCGGACGAUGUAAUCAAGUGCGUCGAUCGGAUCGCGCAUAUAUUCACCGCGUAGCCGCGACAACCACGCGUGUGAUCUAAUGGAGAAAAAUCGUCGGCACGCUCGCACGAGACACGACCGAUGUAGAAAUCGGCUCGAUUUGUCGAUCGGCAGUCAGUCGCGACUAUUGGUGCUAGUGACUUGUCGGCAAAUAUCAAUUGUGAAAAUGCCGGAUGUUAUAAUCGUUAGAUAUUAAUCUUGUGAGUAACAAUCGCGGAUGGAGCUAGUAAAAAAUGUGAUAUUGCUGAACAUCCCUCUUAUAACGAGCGGAAUUUUCAACGUGGUAAAAUCUACACGUGCUCCACGUCGAUUGGAAAGCGUCAAGGAUCGCCAGACGAUGUUUUAUUUGGACAAAAAAGGCGCCGCAGCCGCCGCGAGAUACAACUCGUCUACACCGAACGAGGAAGAGAAUUUUGGCGACGAUCGGGAAAUUGCGCUAUCAUCUGGAUCACACCGCGACAAGGAUCAUCGAACAUUCGAGUUGUCCGCAUCAAUAUCUCGCAUCAAGUCCGACGAUUCGGACAGUUGCAGUUUCUCACAGGAUGCGUCGAAACAGGAGAGUGGAAUUUACAUGAAAAUGGAGUUGAAUUCUUUUCAGGACGAUUUGGACAUCGAUCUGAUCGAGAGAGAUGUUAUCAAUGAAACGAACUAUCCGCCCACAACCGUAAACAACAACGAAUGCGAAGUCAAAGAAGAAUUCAAACCCAGAGCUUAUACUCCGGAGAGGCUGAUCAAAUCGCAAAAGUACCGGAUUCUCACACCGUCUCCUCCUUACUUUGUUUUCUCAAAAGCGAAGUUAAUGUCGGAGGAAGGGAAUGAUAAACGAAAGUACCAGCGUUGUCGAAAACGAUUGAAUGGUCUGUUGGAUUCCACGCAAAUCGGUGCAACGCAGUUAAGGACACUUCUGAACAUAUCGCCCACGGAUGUAAGGACGUGCGCAUUUUCUUCACUCAUUUCCGGAAACGAACAAUGCAUCGUCAAUGAUUUUAAUACACCAAUGAAAUCAAAAAAUAUACAAAAUACGGAGACGUUUAGCAGCAACAGAUCGAGCUACGACAGGUUGAAUUCCACCUUAGACAAUUACAAGAACCUGACCAACUGUUUAUCCUCCCUGGACGAUACUUCUGGUAUACAAAGUAACGAUUGGAGUUUGGAGACGCAGAGCGACAUGCAAUACACACCAAUGAGUCUUUGCGACGAGUUGGCGAUCGCAUCGAGAAGUCACACCAGCAGUUUUGCAACCGACCGAAGUACUGCUAUUAACGAAGUGAUGUCUAUCCUUGAAAGCCUUCAGAGUCAUCCUGAAAAGGCAACAAUCCUCUUAAAGGAAGAUGAUCGAUUCGACGAUUGCACGUCCCAUCACGAUAAUUUAACAAGACUGGCUCUGGCUAUAGAGACGGACGAAGAGGUAUCAUCGGCGGUUCCCAAAGAUCCGAAUAAUGCGAUGCACCAUCUUCGUGAGAAAAUAAAACGGUUGCGUCUCGGCAAUAAAGAAAUCCAUCGAGAUAUAUGCGAUUUACGUACAAACUUUCAGGACGACGAAAAGAAAACGAUUGAUUUGUCAAAUAAGACAACGAAACUGUUACAAGACGUUCGCAAUUUGCGAUAUUUUGAUGACCUUCUGAAGCUCUUAAAAGGGAAACUCUACUGGAUAUCCAAGAAAAAAUGGCCAUUUGUUUUAGGACAUAGCGAACCCUAUGAAGAAAAGAAUCUAAUCAUCUGAUUAUGAUCUCAAAAAUCACUGUACCUUUCAAAGACUGUGAUUAUGAUCUCAAGCAUUGUUGCGAAUGGUCGAUACACAAGAUAAAAGAACUUUUUAGGGAAGAAGAUGUAAGUGAUAGGAGUAUUAUAGCUCCUUUUCUCCGAUCUUCCUGAAUUCAAGGUUCAUAAAAGGAAAAGUACCUUUCUUCGACUCGAUAAUCUUAUCAAUGGCAUUGCCAUCUAAUGAUUCAAAAUAAUUAACAUAAUAUUUGACAAUUUGUAAAAACAA